GAGAGAGCGAGAGACAACGGUAGAGAGCCUCAACUGCACCAUAACAAUCUGCUGUCUGAGACUACAGUCCUUCAGACAACUUUUCAGAGCUCAGUCCGAAGUCCUGAGAACCGUACGGUCUUCCAGCGGGACCAGAGUGCUCUUGUAGCGGGACUAGAACUGCAGGUGACCCAGGGGACUGUGAGAACUGUGUUCUAGAACCACAGGGAAACCGGGACUAAAGUGUUGUUCCAACGGGACUACAGUGUUGUUCUUCUAGCGGGACAAGAGUUCCCGAGAACCGCGAUGGGAGUCGAGCCGCCGCGGUAGACAGAGGAACAAGGUCGCGGGUUGUGCAUGCUAUGCGCAGAGGUCUACAACACGGUAGGUACUAGACCAGGAACUUGGAGAGGUCUCGAGUACGGACGGUACUAGACCAGGAACUCGGGGAGGACUAGAACAAGGACGGUACUGGUCCAGGGACUCGAGCAGGUCUGGAACACAGGAGUUAACGUAACCCGACAGGGACCGCAGGGACCAGACCGCUGCACUGUGUCGUGUCGCUGAGUGGAAGCACCGCAGUGUUUCUUGGUGCAGAGACCAGGAGAGAAAGUUAGAACCCUGACCAGAGGGAGAGACCAGCAGACAUGAGACCGACUCCGAGUCCGACCAGGACCCUGCUGCGGGAGGUCCUGCUGGUUAUCGUGUUCUCCUGCUGGUCCGACAGCAUCUCGUUGACGCGGGAGCAGGCCAGUGUGUUCCUGAGCCGCCCGAGGAGAGCCUACCAGGUGUUUGAGGAGACCAAGCAGGGCCACCUGGAGAGGGAGUGUGUGGAGGAGCGUUGCAGUAAGGAGGAGGCGCGGGAGGUGUUCGAGAACCAGCCAGAGACGGACUACUUCUACCCAAAGUAUUUAGCCUGCAUGGAACAGUUUGGAGACUCAGAAAAGAAGAAACAGGACUUGGUCACCUGUGUGCACAAUAUCCCAGACCAGUGCUCUCCCUCCCCGUGCCACCCCAGGGGGUCGGUGCGAUGUGAGGACCGGAAGGGAGACUUCCUGUGCCAUUGCUUCACCGGCUGGACCGGAGCCCACUGUGAUAAAGACGUCAACGAGUGUGCUGAGAAGAAUGCCGGCUGUGAGCACGCGUGUAACAACACUUUGGGUAGUUACCACUGUUCCUGUCACCAUGGUUACAAGCUGGUCAACCGCCACACCUGCCAAGACGUGGACGAGUGCGGGAUCCCGGGGGUGUGUGGGACGGCUCAGUGUGUGAACAUAGACGGGAGCUACGAGUGUUUCUGUGAGAGUGGCUACGAGUUCAACAACCAAUCACUGAGCUGCGUGGACGUGGAUGAGUGUCUGCAGGGUGUGUGCGUAGAGCAGUGUCUCAACACUCCCGGUAGUUUCCGCUGCUUCUGUGACGGUCGUCAAGGCAGGAAGCUCAGCCAAGACCUCCGCAGCUGCAAGCGCAUCACGCCCUGUUUGUCGCCGGUUCUGGAGAGGAACAGUCGCUCGCUCUACCUCGGACGCAUGUUCAGCGCCGUCCCCGUCGUCCGGCUGCGCUUCCGACGCCGCGUCCAGACGGGGUUCUCCGCUGAGUUUGACCUGCGAACUUACGACCCUGAAGGUGUGAUCUUUUUUGCGGGGGGUCACCAUAACAGCUCCUGGAUCGUCCUAGCGAUGCAUCAUGGGAAGUUGGAGCUGCAGUUGAAGUACGCGGCGGUCAGCCGGGUGACGAGCACUGGGCCGCUGGUCAACGACGGGCAGUGGAGGAAGAUCUCUGUGGAGGAGCAGGGGCGGAGCCUGGUGAUAAAGAUAGACCGGGAGGCGGUGAUGAAGAUUGCGGUGAACGGAGAUCUGUUCACUCUGAGGAAGGGCGUUCAUGAGCUCAACCUGACCGUAGGGGGCGUGCCCUUCAGGGAGGAGGGCCUCCUCAGCCAGGUGAACCCCCGUCUGGACGGCUGUAUGAAGGACUGGCGUUGGCUGACGGGUGAAGACACCUCCAUCCAGGAGACCAUCAGCUCUAAUGAGAACAUGCAGUGUUUCGGCUCCGAACACCCGGGAUCCUUCUACCCCGGCCUGGGCUUCUCCCUCUUCAACAUCUCCUAUGACUACCAGAACCUGAGUGUGGACCUCGCUGUGCGUCCGACCUCGGCGAUGGGAGUGAUGUUCGCCCUUGUCCACCAGGACAGCGUUCCCUUCUCUGUCUCCCUGGCCGACUACCACCCUGCCAUGGACGAGUGGAGAGACUUUAUUCUGGUGUCCGUGGGCAACACGGUGGUGGCCAGUGCGCCCGCCCAGCUUUGUGACGGUGAGGGUCAUGUGAUCCGAGUGGUCGUCACGGGCAACCAGACGUUGCUCUGGGUGGAUGGUCAGCUUGGUCGCAGCGAGGAGACACAAGAGCCAGUCGACCUACAGUCCCCCUCCAGCACCUUUAUAGGAGGGCUACCAGAUGUUCCCCUGGUGUCGACUCCGGUCACAGCGCCCUACAGCGGCUGUCUGGAGGUCACGGUGAACGGCGAGACGCUCGAUCUGGACCGAGCCGUCCAUAAACACAACGACAUCCGCUCCCACUCCUGCCCCCUACUGGGCGCACACCAAUGACCCCCACCCUGCCCCCGGUACAUCGCCCCCACCCCACCUCGAUGUACAGGACACUAGAGAAUGACUCGGAGAUGAAUUCUGAAGUUGGAGAAAUUGGCGGGAAAACGUCUGAUGAAAAGCGAAGAUCAGCUGGUCCAGUUCCUGCUGCAGCACUGGCCCCCCCCCCCCCCCCCCCCGAUACUCAUGGUGACUAGAUCCCUGUUAACUACUAGUUCACUGAUUUAAAAGUAAACUAUUUAGUUUGCUAGUUACCAGUGAACUAAUAGUAGUUCUUAGUUAACAUUUCUUCUAGUUAACUAGUAGGUCACUAGUCAACGGUAACUCAGAAGCUUGCCGAUGAAAGGUGAACUACUGGUUAGCUAGAUAACAGUGAGCAAAUGUCCUGCUCCCCAAAAACCGCUGCACAGGACGAUGGGAUAUGUGCUGUUUGAGUUGCCUGGUUAGCGGUUAGAAUUAGCUACUACCAUUGCCUGGUUCGCAGCUACCAUAAGCUACCAGCAUUAGCUGCUGGUGCAGUCUCUGCUGGAGAACUUUGUUGCACACGGAAGCAGACCGACAUUAAUAUUGUGUCCGUCUGCUGCCUCAAAACCUGAACCUUGUGCCUACCAAGCUAUGCCCUUACCUGGGCCAGGGGGCGUGGCUUCAUCCAGGUGACCAGGGCCAGCACUACUCGGCCCCGCCUCUCCCUCAACCAACCAAUCACAUCUAGACACCCGCUACAGGAAGAGCCAAUCACAAGCUGGACACAAGGCCAUCUUCCGCAGCUAGGGUUAGCCUAGCUAGGGAUAGCUACUGAGUAACGACAGUGUAAAAUACUGAUCUGUGUAUAUACUAUAUGGUGCAAACCAAACCAAACACUACCUGCUGCACAUGGUCCUACUACACCUUUCUGUUAUUCAAGGUCUUAGUAUCUCUACACAAACACAAACAUUAUUGAUCAUCAAUGAAAAGUCUUGAAAGUUAUUAUAAUUUCUGCUUUUUUUUUUUUGUUCCUCUUUUCUUGAGAGCAACUGUGUAGUUUAAAAUUUAACAGUUAUGUUAAUACCGGUUAAACAUGACCAUGUAUGUUAAACUGUUAUGUUAGUAUCCGUAUAUCAAACUGUUAUGUUGAGUUGUUGGAGCAGAAUGUCUGAGAAUGCUAAUGGACUCCAGCCAUCUAAAGAGAGAAUGUAUUACACACUGCGUCAUUUUUUUAUAUGUUGUAUAUUGACCUUGUUUUACUUUUUCAUUUUACUUCUUUGUAACUGCCAGUUUUCUGUGUGGAGAGAAUCCCAUUCUGAUCUCUUCCCUGACAAGUGGAAAUCCAUCUGAAAAUAAAGGAAUUGGUACUACGAGAA